CAGUUUUAACAAACCUGAGAUGAGCUUGGAGCAGCACCGCGGCGCGCCCGUCGCAGCUCAGCAGUUCUCCAUGUUUUAGCCACAAUUAUGGUUCAAAAAUCCUCAAUGCCUUCUCAUUCCUGGAUAUAUCAAUCACUUCGAUUAUAUUUAGAUUAGGUUUUUUUUAAUUUGUUGGUUUUAUUUAUUUAUAUAUUUUUUUGUUUUAGGUGAGCAUGUGCGUAAUUUUGCGAGGAUUGCCGAGGUGCCACCGGGACUGAGUUAGGCAAUAUGCGCCGCUGGGAUAUGAUUUUCAACCGCAAGGCUUAUGGAAUAUAGCCUGGUGUGUCACAGCCUGUAUGCCCUCUGGUCCAGCCCCGUCAAGAAGAAACUAAUACUGCUCAGCAUCAUGUUUUUAAUCUGGGUAUACAUGCUGUACUCCUGCGUGGGCUACUGCUCCACCAUGCCAAGUUUGGUGGUGGACAGUUACCGGGGCAAGGAGACUGGUUCGGCCGUGGGCAAGAGGACGGACAGCAGCAGGACGGACCUGGUGUCGCGGCUGCUGGCCAAACCGCAGCCCUGGGAGGAUAUAGAGAGCGACUACGAGGAGCCGUCCAUCAGGAUCGCUGCGUCCAGAGACCUGCUCAAUAACGAGCUGGAGGCUGACAGAGCCGACGACUGGGACGAGAUGCGGGCCGAGCAGCACAGAGCCCCGGAGCCAAGCGCCAUGUCCAGCUUCUCCAACGGCUCCGGGAGCAAGAAGCUGCCGCAGGCGAUCAUCAUCGGGGUGAAGAAAGGAGGCACCCGGGCUCUGCUGGAGUUUCUCCGGGUUCAUCCGGACAUCCGAGCCGUGGGAGCGGAGCCGCACUUCUUCGACCGCAACUAUGAGAACGGACUGGAGUGGUACAGAGAGCUGAUGCCCAAGACCCUGGAGGGCCAGAUCACCAUGGAGAAAACCCCUAGUUACUUUGUGACCAGAGAGGCUCCAGCCAGGAUAUCCGCCAUGUCCCGUGACACCAAGCUGAUCGUGGUUGUGAGGGACCCUGUUACCAGGGCCAUCUCCGACUACACACAGACUCUGUCCAAGAAGCCUGACAUUCCCUCUUUCGAGAGCCUCACCUUCAAAAACAGGACUACGGGCCUCAUCGACACCUCGUGGAGCGCCAUCCAGAUCGGCAUCUACGCCAAGCACCUGGACAACUGGCUGCAGUACUUCCCCAUGGGCCAGAUCCUGUUUGUGAGCGGCGAGCGUCUGAUCAGCGACCCGGCCGGAGAGCUGGGCCGAGUGCAGGACUUCCUGGGGCUCAAGAGGAUCAUCACAGACAAACACUUUUACUUCAACCAGACCAAGGGUUUCCCGUGCCUCAAGAAGGCAGAGGGCAGCAGCAAGCCCCACUGCCUGGGCAAAACCAAAGGGCGGACCCAUCCGAACAUUGACCCUGAGGUGGUGCAGAGGCUACGGGAUUUCUACAGGCCCUUCAACAUGAAGUUCUACCAGAUGACAGGACAUAAUUUUGGCUGGGAUUGAUGUGAAAAUCACAAAAGACAUUUUUCUUUUUUUUUUUAUUAUUAUUAUUAAUUUGUUGAGAAGUUAUUUUUUUUCCUCUGUAAUUGAAUGGCAAGAUGUGGAGAUACUGCUAUAUAUAUGUAAAAUGUACAGAAAUCUAUUUUAUAAUAAUUUAUUUUUAUUUCUAAGCAAUUAAUUCACUAAGCUGCCUAACCAUAUUUGUACAUAACAUCUGGCCCACAUGUUGUUUUUAACAUUCCUCAUUUUAAUUUUGAAUUCUCUCGCUCCUCCUGCGUGGUCCUGUAAACUCAGUGGAUUCAUCGGUGCUUCAUGAUGCAGAUAAUCAGCGAUGACUGAAGUAGAAAUUAUUGUGGAUAAUGUAAAAGCACCAUAUUACGGGUACAGAGUGCUCACAGAGAAGUGGAGAAGACCUAUCCAUGUUCAUCCUCAUUUAUAUUUGCAUGCUAACUUUACCUUCAUCCUUUUCAAACCCUGUCAUUCUCAGCGUGAUUCUUCUAUAACGUGUUUCACUGCAGCGCACUCCAUCCAGUUUGAGUUUUCUACAAUCCAAUUUUCUUGCACGGGCUUUGGCCAUAACUGCAGAUCUCAUGUCCCUUUCCACUCAAUAACAGGUUGAUCAAUAGGCCUAAUUGAUCUUCAUUGUGCCACUCAUGGUUAAAGUAUACAUCUGCCCUUUCAUUCACAGUGCUCCUGCUGCCUGCUCUAAUGAACGGCCCAUCCAUCAAACGUUAAAUCCUCUCCCGGACCACAUAAGGGCCCAUGUUAACAUUAUGCUAAUCGGGUAAAGGUAACUGGCAGAUCGAUUGAGCCUCUGUCUUCUAACUUCCCAUUAGAAGCGGUGUUGGCUGAGAGCCAGGCUCUUGCCCUCUCCACUCAGUUCAAAGGUCGCACAAAGUCUCAAUCAAAUUUCCUUGAGAGGCUUUUGAUUUGUUGAGGAGAGCACCGCGGGUCGGGGUGAGUUGUGUGCCUUGUUUUCACGGUAAGAUGGAAAAUCUUUAGCGUGAGGUAGCAGAAGCAUAUCUGUCAGAAAUGGAGCAUAAAGAUAGAAAAGAUGACAGAAAAACAACAACCAGGCUUCGCCUCACUGAAAAAGUGGUUCUUCAAACAGGAGUCCACCAGGCCCCAUCUUAGAUCCCAGACUAAAGAGAUCAAAGGAGGAGGAGGAAAGGUUUUUGUGAAGCACUCUCAGCACAGCAAGAAUUGCCUCUGGCGGGGUUCAGCAUCUAACCUCUCUAAUGUUGUCAGAAAACCUCAUGUGCCAUCGUCCGUGGCCUAUAUAUUUUAUGCCUUAUUCACUCUCCUCAUCCUCACACGUCUCAUCCCUCCACACCAGAUCUCAACUCUCUACUUGUUGCCAAAAAAAACCUUUGGGUUGAUAUCAUGUUUCACACAGUCUCUGCUUUCCCCUGCAUUGCUUCUUUGUUUUUUCUUUUUUUUUUGUCUUUCUACUUGAAUUCUUGAUAUGCAAGAGGGAGAAAAACGUUAUCAUUCUUUGAUGUGCGGCCCCAUCUCUUUGCAGGGCAGCGCACUGCUAUAAGGGCACAGGAAGGCAGCCAUGCUGUGCUGCGUUAUGCUGUGCUAUGCUAUGCUAUGCUAUGCAUGCUCAAAGUGGUGGCCAUUAUGAAAACACAGGGAUUAUGGGAAAGGAUUAAUAGCGUCCAGAGGAGGGCUUCGUGUGUUUAAGCAGGGCCCAGACUGAAUGUACACAACCUACCCUCAUACAGAAAGUCCCUCAAAUCAAUUUCAAAUGUCAGACUGUCACUAAGUUUGAGUUAAAAGUUAAAUUUGAUUGUCCAUCUUUCUUUUUGCAGUUAAAAAAAAAUGUUGUGCCUAUCCAAUCCAACACGGUUAGAUUGCCUCCGUCAUUAAAACAGAUAAUGACCCUAAUUCAGCCAUUUCUGUCAUUUUCCAGACGAAUCCAGCUGCCAGGUUUAGCCUCAAACCAGCGUCUGGUAGCAGGAGCUGGAGAUGGAGGCUUGUCACACUGUAUUUUUAUAGUGCUAUUCUUUACUUUCCCCCUGCCUGAGCGACGACGCUCCGAGGGAGAACUGAUGUGGAAAAAGCCUCCAUCCCCCCCUUCUCACCUCAGUGCAAUGUUUAUUAUAAAAAAAGCAUUUAUGGUGACCUCUCAUUGCAAGCUGUCACAUUCUGGAAGGAAAGUCUGACAUUUUCCCUGUAAUUGAUGGAGUACAGCAGCUGAAUUAUGGCCAUGUAACUGAGGGAAUAUCUAAUAAAAAAAACAAAAAAAAAAACAAGAGAAAAGAAAAAAGCGAACUGGCACUCGUGGGUUUACUCCAUGUUGCUGCAUCAGUUAUGGUUGAGUUUUAUUCAACCUGUUUUGAGAUCUAAAAAUGUUAGAAAUGUUUGUCUUACCCACAUAUAAUAUGUAUUUAGACUAGAAAAUCUGUAUGUACAAAAAUGAAAAAGACAUGUAAAUCAAGUAUUUUGUGGUAUGUACAUCAAAGGAAUUAAUUUUACACAAUGCAAAAGAAAAAUGGAACAGAUGUUUCUAGAUGAUUAAAUACUGAACAUUCAUAAUAUUUCUUUGUAUGAAGAAAUAAAUAAAGUAUAUAUUUUACCAAAA